AUGCACAGAGACAUCAAGCCCGCCAAUUUGCUAAUCAGUCAUACGGAUGUCCUGAAGAUUGCCGACUUUGGCUUAGCGCGCCUGUACUUUCCCGAAGAAGAGUCACGCCUUUAUUCGCCACAGGUAUCCACGCGGUGGUAUCGUGCACCCGAAAUACUCUGGGGCAGUCAGAAAUAUGGACCUGCUGUCGACCUGUGGGCAUGCGGUAAUGUGUUGGCCGAAAUGCUACGCGGCGUACCGCUCUUUGCAGGCACAACAGAUAUCGAGCAAUUGGCGAUUAUAAUACGUACGUUGGGAAGCCCGCGGCUAAACGAAUGGCCAGAGCUUACGGCGCUGCCGGAUUACAGUAAAAUAAGGUUUCCCAAUUCGGUCGGCGUACGUUGGGACAAUCUGUUUCCAAGCUGCACACAUGCUGUUGAAAUUGAUUUGGUAUCGAACCUAGUCGUAUAUAAUCCAAAGAAUCGUCUUAAGGCCACCGAGGUGAGGUGA